GACAACCUUGCCCUGGAUUUUGUCAUAUUAGACAUUCUUCUUCAAAAAGAACAGUAACUCCAAAAAUCAGUUUUAUGAUUAUGCAUUCCUGACCGGAUUACGAUGAUAUAAUGUUACCACGUGGACUGCACCUUGGAGUUCUGUCAGCAGAAGGGAAUACAACUUAAAUAAUGGAUUAUUCAGUUCUAUUGGUAUAUGAGAAUGAUGGAACACACAUAGUAGACAUAGUUAGCAAACACUUAACAGAAUAUAACACGAAAGUAUAUACUUCAAAAUUAAUGCAGAUUAUUAAUCCGCCGGCGUAUUGUACAACAGUGCUUAUCCUUACACCCGGAAUGUUAUCGGUUUUAAAGUCUUCGAGUUCACCUGACCUUUCACAUCUUCAACACAACAAGAGCAAGUGUGCCUUGUUUGUUCAUGAAUCUAUUAACAUUAACAGUGUAUCUGUUCAAGAAAUACUCCGUAACAAUCUUCCCUCCUUUCCAGAAUGGAUUGUUUACCACUUUGCAAAGAAGGUUCGACCACUCAUUCUUCAAAUUUUAGAACUAAUUGAAAUAGAAGAAGAGGAUGCCGACCCCGAACUGCACCUUGUAUCCAAUAUCACGCUCUACCCAGACACUGAGUGGGAAGAGAACCAAAGAGUGUUCAUUUCUUUUAACUCCACGAGAGAAAAAGAGGAUAAAGUAGAAGUAGAAAUAAACAGUAAUCUGAUUCAAACCACGUGGGUCAAUCCUCAUACCUCAACAUUCACAGUUACUGACAGUUGUGGCUGUGGUAAGCGGGCGGUGACGGUAUGUGUGAACGAGAUUCCAGUAGGUACAGCUCAGGUGUUUAUCAAAGACAAGAACCAAACUCUUGUAGAAGAAAUAAACGAUGUGACGUCACCUCUUCAUUACCUGAAAGAAAUCCUGAAUAGCAUACAGGACCAGGAGGAGAUGAUUUAUUCAAUAACGACGGAAUCUCUGAUACUUGAAGGAACAAAAAAGUUACUGAAAACAUUGCAUAAAAAGUCGCAAGAAUGUGAUAAAAAGGAAAACCCAAAUACUGGAUGUAAACAAACCCCAGAGGAACAUACCAUUAUUUCUCCAGAGAACGCUGACGUUGUCAGAUUGAGGCCAACCAGAGAGACCAUCAGGAAUAGAAGACUUCUGUCAAGUAAUACUCAAGAUGACAAUGACAGAGAAUCUUAUAUUGAACAACUGGCACGCCAGUCUCAGCGGAUAUCUCUUGCCCAACAAAAGUUAAGUUUGGAAGAAGAGUUGCCCUCCAUAAAACAUGAUGAUGAGCUUCUGAAAUCCCUACCAUCCGACUUCUUUGACUCUAUUCAGAAGUAGCCUAAGGUGGUCUCUUAGAUGGGUAUUCUUCACAAACAAGAGGUUCCAGUGCUCUAUAACAGUUGCGGGGACGUCUGUGGAUCGGUGGAUUAUUCUCAAUGCAUUAAUACAUAUUCCGGUGAAGAAAAAAAGCUGCAAUAUCAGUUGGAAAUGAAUAUUCUUUGAGUAAAUGGAACCAAGUCUCGACGUACUUAUGAUGAGUUCACUAUUGUUAUUGGCUAUCUCAGUUCAAUGUGCACGUCUUCCUCCUGAACUAAACCCUCAUGAUGUGCAGUUUUCAAAUCUCCAUUAACAUCCCCAUUGCAUAUUGUCGUUGAAAACUUAAAAUAAUAUAUAAAUAUUAAUAAAAAUAAAACUUAAUAAUACCUC